AACUUUUAUGACGUCACCUCACCGAGCAGACGACAAAAACAAAAUGGCCGCAAGUAGAGAGUGUAGCUCCAGUAAGUGGGAGAAAUUGAUUGAAUUGCAGGAGAUUUUGCAACGAGAAGAGAAGAUCAAGCAGAUAAAACGGAGGUGUUUUUCUGAUAACAAUUGUGGGACUGGUAGUGGUACUAGCGAACUUUCAACAACGAGAACACGCAACGUUUCAAGAGAGGAUGUUUUGAGACAGCUGGAAAGUGUGAUUGAGGAUAUUUUGACGAGCAUAUCUCAUCAACAGCCACCCUUACUGACGUACAACAGCAGAAGCAGAUGGGAUAAUAUUCAAUUCACAGAUGACGUAGGUCUAGAGAUGAAAGGCAAACCAGCCCUCACAGAGGUUCGGUUUGAUGCAGCCAACUCGGUGAAGAAAUUUGGCAUCACUUUGAGAGUCGUGGCCAUGUGUUACACACUUGUCCAAAGCAACACGUACUCAACAAAACGAGAUCUGUACUACAAUGACACCAAGUUGUUUGGAAGCCAGUCCACGCUGGAUGAGACGAUGGAGAACAUUUGCUGCAUGUUGAAUGUUCCAAGGAGAAGUUUGCAUGUGCUUGCCACUUCAAAAGGGUUCAUUGCUGGCGAUCUGAAGUUCACUGAAGUCGAUGGCAAUCACGUUGACUGUAGCACCUCAAAAACUGGCGUACUUGUACCUGUCCAUGUACAGGACAUUAGCAACGUGCAAUCACGAGCCAGGUUUGUGCUUGUCGUGGAGAAGGAUGCAACGUUUCAGAAACUACUGGAUGAUGGAAUGCUAGAAGACAUGUGGCCUUGCAUCAUCAUCACUGGGAAAGGGUUUCCUGAUGUGAACACUCGGCUGAUGGUCAGGAAACUGUGGACCACCUUACAGAUACCAAUCCUGGGUCUGGUUGAUGCUGACCCUCAUGGUCUGGAGAUACUUUGUGUUUACAAGUUUGGUUCCAAGUCCAUGUCCUACGAGUCUCACAGCCUGACUGUUCCAUGCAUCCGCUGGUUGGGCAUCCUUCCCUCAGACAUCGAUCGACUCCAAGUGCCCAGAGAUGCCCUGAUCCCACUCAGUAAGUCUGACCUCAGGAAGGCCAAGGAACUGAUGAGGAGGCCCUACUAUAAACAUCUCCCAGACUGGAUGAAAGAGAUGCAGGUUCUGCUGGACCUGGGUAGAAAAGCCGAGAUCCAAUGCUUGACAGCCAUCUCAAGGGACUACCUGACCAAGGUCUACGUCCCUAGCAAGAUCAAGUAUGGAGGAUGGAUCUAGAUAAGUGCAUUCUCACUCGGUCUAUCUUGUGAUUUUACGACCACCUAAAUCCAUGGGCAAAUUUAACGGAAGCGGUGUGCUAUUUUCUUUUUAGUUGACUGUUCAUUAACUGUUAUACAACACAGGGAAAUUACUUUUACAUAUUUCUGUUACUAUAUUUCUAUAUUUCCGUUACUGAACUCAGUAGCCCCAAAUGUUAUAUGCAUUAGAAAGCUUUUGUUCUGCAAAAUCCAAAAAUAACAAUAUCUCGAUGCCUAAAAAGUAUGACUUCACGCUGAUUUUGCAGUGACUGGUCACAUAUAUCAAUUUACCCAUCUAUGCAAGUUCGAAUACUGAUUUAAAAAUUGAAAUUCAGAUAUUUUUUAUUGCCAAAGGAAUACUAUAUUGGUAUUAUUUAUUGUAAAAAAAAGUCAUGUUUUUACAUUUCUGCCAUGUGAAAAAAAUACUACAGAGGAUAUAUUUGUAAAUAGUGGAGUAAGUUGUAUCUUGUGAAUAGUUUAUUUUAUAAAUUCUAUUUUAACUUAUUUAACAUUUUAAAUUAUUUCAAAUUUGUUAAUGAAGUGUAGAUAAAUCUAUUUGACUUUUCCAAUAUUUUGUUGCUGGGAUUUAAGAAACUACAAUUUUCAGAUUUUCUUUACUUAGUUUUUAAAAAAUAUUAAGCUGAAACAU